GCGGCGGCGACUCCUCCGUGUCCGGCUCCAGCUCUGGCUGCAGCUCCGGCCCGCGAUGUCCCACUCGGUGACCCUGCGCGGCCCUUCACCCUGGGGUUUCCGCCUGGUGGGCGGCAGGGACUUCAGCGCGCCCCUCACCAUCUCGCGGGUUCAUGCCGGGAGCAAAGCAGCCCUGGCUGCCCUGUACCCAGGUGACCUGAUCCAAGCCAUCAACGGUGAGAGCACAGAGCUCAUGACACACCUAGAGGCCCAGAACCGUAUUAAAGGCUGCCACGAUCACCUUACACUCUCUGUAAGCAGGCCUGAGAGCAAGAACUGGCCCAGCGCCCCUGAGGACAAAGCUCAAGCACAUAGGAUCCACAUUGAUACUGAGUCCCAGGAGAGUGAGGGAACCCAGCUGCUGCAGGAUCUCACGGGACGGGGAGUGCGCCAGACUCGCAUACCUAGGCCUUGCUCCACACCCAUGGUCAAGGAUGGCAGUCCAGUGACCAGCAGGCGAUCCUCAGUCUCUGGGACAGGGCUGGAAGACAGCAGAUCAAGCCUGGGAUCCCCGUAUGGCCAGCCACCUCGCCUUUCCGUCCCUCACAAUGGCAGCGGCAACGAGGCCACCCUGCCAGCCCAGAUGAACGCUCUGCAUGUGUCUCCACCCCCCAGUGCUGACACAGCCAGGGUUCUCCCUCGGAACCGGGACUGCAGGGUGGACCUGGGCUCAGAGGUAUACAGGAUGUUAAGGGAGCCGGCGGAGCCAACAGCCUCGGAGCCCAAGCAGUCUGGAUCCUUCCGCUACUUGCAGGGAAUGCUAGAGGCUGGUGAAGGUGGGGAACGGCCUGGGUCUGGUGGUCCCCGGAACCUCAAGCCAGCAGCCAGCAAGCUCGGCGCUCCGCUGAGUGGCCUGCAGGGCCUACCAGAGUGCACUCGCUGUGGCCACGGGAUCGUGGGAACCAUCGUCAAGGCGAGGGACAAGCUCUACCAUCCCGAGUGCUUCAUGUGUAGCGACUGUGGCCUGAAUCUCAAGCAGCGCGGGUACUUCUUCCUAGACGAACGGCUGUACUGCGAGAACCACGCCAAGGCCCGAGUCAAGCCGCCAGAGGGGUACGACGUGGUGGCCGUGUACCCCAACGCCAAGGUGGAACUCGUGUGAGCUGGGAAAUCUUAUCUCACCCCUGCUUCGUUUACUGUCCCCUCAUGGCCCGUGUAAAUAUAUGUCCUCUUGGCCUCUCUAAUAAAGUCCCUCUGCUUGCC